AUGUCGAUUGCCAAGCUCCUGGAUGCUCUUGCAGCUGCGGCAGCUCAUGCGCCUGCCCAAGCGGAAAGUGCACUUGCAAGUAGACACGUUGAUGAGAAUGUCGGGAGAGAGGCUCUUCCGAAGGGAUGGUCGUUCGGAUGGUGGUGCAUUCUUAUCGUGAGGGUUUCAUGCAUUGAUGGUCGUGGCGGUGGCUGA